ACGUCGCACCCGGACCGCACCGGCGCUAACCGCGCACUGAACCGUCGCGGACCGUCAUACCAACCUGUUUCGAAACGAACCCCGCCGGACACCGGGGUAGGGUGGACCGGACAUCGUAUUGUGCAAAGUGACCCCUAUUGGACGCGACCAAACAGUGACCGAUGGGUGUCUAACAGCGUCAUGCAAAUCGUCAUCGGUUGAAGCGGGGUUGCCCAGCUGCCCCUACGCGACUAGUUCUUGACCCGUUCUACAGGAGACGCAAAGAGGCAAUGGAAGUGGGGGGAGAGUGGCGCGCAUACUAUUCCAGUGGGGCAGAGCAUCCGCUGAGUGCAGCCACGUCGGCAGUACUCGGGGUAGCGGACGAUACGCAACCCCAACCUCUGGUGACCGAGUACUACAAACUACCACCGCUGGCUCAGGACUCCCACCUCAGUUUACAUAAAGAAAACCCGAAACUUAUUGAUGUCUGGCCGGCCGGCGGUGCGCUGAAGGCGGCCAAUGGCGCGCACGGGGCGGAGCUGAGCGAGCUCUCGGGCCUGCUCCACGCGGGGCUCGUGAAGCGCGAGCCUGAAGACCUGAGCCGCAAGGUGGUCGACGAGCCCGAGCCGCACGCGCUCAAGCCGCCGCGACAUAAGGUGGCGGUUGGCGAGCACAGCGAGGCGGCGUCGCCGUCGCCGGUGCCAUCGCGAGCCUCCUCGGCAGGCUCGCUGCUACCGGACGCUGCCAUGUAUGCAGCGCAAAUGUUCGCGCCGCCUGGUACCCCCAGCCCCACUCCUUAUGGCGACCAAUAUUCGCGUCAACCUGCGACCUUCACUGGAGAACCUUAUUAUAGAGAGUACUUUGUUGCUGAUGGUUACCAGCAAAGGGCCGCGCCGCCCUAUGGGGACGCUGAGUCAGCUCCGACUUCAGCCUUUGGCGAUCGAUAUGCGGCACCUCGAUAUCACAGCAAGAGUGUAAUCGCAGCCGCUGGUCUAACAGUUGAUCUGCCAUCUCCUGACAGCGGUAUUGGAGCGGAUGCUGUCACUCCUCGAGAUCAUACCACCGUUCAGCAGUCGUUCGACUACACCGUAAUCUGCCAGCAGCCCGGUGUGGCGGAAGAUGGACGGGGUACACCCUCAGCUCAUCAUUCGCCUGCACAGCCCCCAAGGACGCGACCAUGGCAUGACUUUGGCAGACAGAAUGACGCAGACAAGAUACAAAUACCUAAACUGUUUUCCCCGUACGGCUUCAAGUACCACCUGGAGACUGCGAGCAGUAGUUCACAGAGGCGCGAAGAUGACAGGAUCACCUACAUCAACAAGGGCCAGUUCUAUGGCAUUACCCUAGACUACACGCAUGAUCCGGACAAACCUUUAAAAAAUCAAACAGUCAAGAGUGUGGUAAUGCUGAUGUUCCGAGAAGAAAAAUCGCCCGAGGACGAAAUCAAAGCAUGGCAGUUUUGGCAUGGCAGACAACACUCAGUUAAACAAAGAAUACUAGAUGCUGAUACAAAGAAUAGUAUCGGGCUGGCCGGCUGCAUCGAGGAGGUAGCGCACAAUGCCAUCGCUGUUUAUUGGAAUCCACUCGAAAGCGCCGCUAAGAUCAACAUUGCUGUGCAGUGUUUAAGUACAGACUUCAGCAGUCAAAAGGGAGUGAAGGGGUUACCUCUGCACAUACAGAUCGACACAUUCGAAGAUCCGCGUGACACGCAAAUCUAUCACAGAGGAUACUGUCAAAUCAAAGUGUUCUGCGAUAAGGGUGCCGAAAGAAAGACAAGGGAUGAAGAAAGACGGGCAGCUAAAAGAAAAAUGUCAGCUACAAAUAGGAAGAAAUUGGAUGAAAUUUACCAUCCAGUAACGGAAAGAAGCGAGUUCUACUCGAUGGCAGACUUAACGAAACCACCCGUCUUAUUCAGUCCUGCUGAAGAUAUUGACAAGUUAGCCGGAAUGGACAUACAAGGAUUUUAUGGACAUGACGAAGCGGCACUGACUGAAGCUCACCUUAAAGGUGCUUCACCAUUCCUGUUACAUGCAGCGAAACCUCAAGCGCCGGCGUUGAAAUUCCACAAUCAUUUCCCACCAGACGCACCAGCGUACAGUGUACCCGUGUCACCAUACAGCGACCGCAAAGACUCUCUAGAAUUAGAGGGUGUAAUAGGCAAACGUGCGCGUACUUCCACUCCGCCGCUUAGCGAACGCGUCAUGCUCUACGUACGCCAAGACACUGACGAUGUAUACACUCCCCUACACGUUGCGCCGCCAACAACGCAGGGCCUGAUGCACGCUAUUGAGAAUAAGUACAAAAUUUCAAGUUCGGCAAUUAAUAAUCUUUAUCGAAAGAACAAGAAAGGGAUUACGGCCAGAAUUGAUGACGAAAUGUUGGCGUACUAUUGUAAUGAGGACCUGUUUUUGCUGGAGGUAAGGCCAGCGAGCGCUAAUGAGGACGAGCCCCUCUACGACAUUACGUUCGUGGAGCUGCCCCUGGAGCACUAGGGCUGCGCCCGCGCCGGCCGUCGGACGUCGGCGGCGCUUGUCACACAGUGCGCGCUAAUCUCGUGUCUGUAGCACUUGUGAUAACAUGUGGCGAGCUCUGAACUCUUUGAGCGAACAAUAAACAUUCCCUUUUGACUCUUGAUAUGCGAAGAAUAUUAAUUUAUAAACGAGAUAAGAUUGUCUCAAAAAGUGUCGAUCUCAGGUUGAAAAUUUACUUUUAAGCGAUUCCUCAUCAUAAUAAUGUCAGAUCAGUUGAAUGUCACAAAUUCUAGCGUUGGUCGCUAAUUAAUUCACAAACGGUUAAGAGGGGCCAUUUUGUAUAUAUCUAAUUUAGUGCCUUAUGAAAUUAAAGAGAUAUGCAACGGUCAAUGGUAUGAUGGCAAAAGAAUAUAAUGUAUUCUGAAUAUAGUGAUCUGUUGCUAAUUAUACGUAUUUUAAUGUGUGUGCCAUUCGCUCGGUUAUCAUGAUAGUUGUAUGUAGUUAUCGUUUCAACAGGUACCUUUUAAUCUUGCCAUGAUGAUAAAAUAAGAAAUUCUUGUCACAAAAUGUAAUAAUUAUGUAGAAAUUGUUUAUCUACAUAAAGUUAAAUCAUAAAGUGCCUUCAUUAUUAUUAUUGUAUCUUUAAAUGUAAGUGGGUUAAGUCACUCAUGCCAUCCAUUUGUUAAGUUUUGUAUAUCUACGUGUAAGUUUGAUCUAUAAGCUCGCUCAAUUCAUUCCUCUGACAAAGUUGAUAUUAAUGUAAGCUCAACACGGUCGUAACGUCCAUUACUUCAGUUAAAAUCAUCAUUUAUAUUCAUUUCAACACCAAAACGAGAUUCAUGCAACUAUACAGUUACCUACUUGGUAAAUUAUCCAUCGAGCCUUAUCUUUCCAGUUAAUAUAAUAUUCUCUGAUAGAAAUGGAAGUAUUGGACGAUAAUUACAACUUGAAAUGAGGUAUAGUCGCAGUUUACAUAAUGUAUGUUAAAUAAUAGUCACAUAAAUAUAGUCACAAUAGUUGUCGAUUUGAACAAUAUUAACAUUAGCACCGUUGGGAGUGGUUUUGUGUAUCUAAUUUUAAGAUUUUAUACAAAUUCUAUUAAAAUAAUAGAAUGUUACAAUUUAACAUUCUGAUAUUUUAAUAUAGUUUCGAUACGUAAGUUAUCGAGCCAUGACAACAAUUUAGUUUACGAAGAGUAACAGUGUCCAAGACUUGUAUAAGUAAGGUUAGGUACAUGAUAAAUAGAGCUAUAUACUUACUGUGAAUAAAGGAGUGCAACUUUUACAUAGAACUCGUUGUUAGUGUUUUUAUACGCACUGACUUGUUAUAAACAUUAUAUAGUUUUUC